AUGUCCGAGGUCAAGAAACAGCUCGUCGUCUUUGAUUUCGAUUGGUCCAUGGCCGAUCAGGACACAGACAGAUGGGUCUUCGAAGUCCUUGCUCCUGACCUCCGUCGCAAGAUGAAGACGCUUAAGAACGAGAUCCAAUGGACAGACCUCGUAGCACAGUCUCUCCGAGAAGCCCAUGCCCGUGGUAUUACCAAGGACCAGAUUAUCCAUGCAUUGCAGAUCAUGCCUUACCACCCUGCGAUGGUCAGGGCAAUAACAAACCUGAAAGCGGGGGGCAAGACGACCUUCCUCUGCUUAUCCAACGCGAACUCGGUCUUCAUUUCGACGAUCCUUGAGGCGAAAGGUCUACAGGCUCUCUUCGAGGAAAUUAUCACAAAUCGGGCGGAAUGGGAACCAUCGGGACUCCUCAAGCUACAGAGACGCGUCGAUCCAGAGGGACCUCAACAUAGCUGUAAAGUGGGCUGCAGCCCGAAUAUGUGCAAAGGCGAGGAGCUCGAGGCAUUCCUUGCGCGGAAGGGUGACGAUUUCGACCGUCUCGUCUACAUCGGCGACGGCAGCAACGAUUUCUGUCCAAUCCUCCGGCUCAGAAGGACGAGCCGCGGUUUGAGUAAGCGCAUCGCCCACGAAGGAGAGGAAAAGGGUCUCAAGGCCAAGGUCCAAUACUGGGGUGGCGCUUGGGAGAUAGAAGAGAAAUUUAGAGACCUCUGA